GCCGCAAACAGCUCACAGCUCGUCUUCUUCCGUGGCGCCGUCGGAUCGAACGCCUAGGGUUUCGCUGAAAUCUUGCGCACAGAUGAAGCGGCCGCCAUCACGCGGCGACGGCGGAGGAGGGUCCGACAAGGGGAAGGGGAAAGGGAGGUGGGGUGGGAGGCGGCGGAACGAGCAGCGGCUGGGCGUCGGCGGGGGCGGGGCGCUCUCCCUCGCCGCCUUCGCCAACGCCAAGUCCAGGAGCACCGGGUACAACCCGGCCCUCAUCAAGAAGCAGAAAGAGUUCUACAGGAAUGCUAAAUUAAUUGGCAAGUACAAAAGGUCAAAGAAACAACAAAAUCAGACAAACAGUCGUCCACAACUUCAAAUCCGUGAGGAUGGAGGUGAUGAUGCUCAAGAUGCACAAAAGCCUCAUAAUAAGAGGAAGAAGCGCACUGCACAAAGCUUGAAGGAAGAGUAUGAGAAAAAACAUGCAGAGGAUGAGAAGGCCAAAAUGGAGCGGAAUGCGAUAAUUCAGGCAAAGAGAGAAGAGCGGGAGAAGUCCGAGGCAAAGCGGAAAGAACUGAGGGAGAAGAUGUUCAAGAAGACGAGAUCCGGCCAACCUGUGAUGAAAUACAGGAUCGAGCAUCUCUUGGAGACUGCAAUAGGAAGCUCAAGCAAAUAACAUGAUGCUACCAUUACCAUGCAAAUUCUGCAGUUCAGUGCAACCAUCUGUUUAUUUUAACUGACUUUUAUUUCUUCGUUGUAUAUAUAUUGGUAAUGCAUAUUUGGAUUUGAUCA